AUGAGUAUCUUUGAUUGUAGUUUUCAUUUAAUCCCUCUUGAAUGGUAAUGGAUUAACAAUAUCAAUCUUCAAUUGUUUUUGUAAUUAUUAUAAUAAUUUCUUAAUAUUUACAAUUCAUUAUAACUUCAAAAGGAUUUGAUAAGGUAUUAAUUAUGUGGAUUACAAAUCCAAAAGAUAAACAUAUCUAAUUCAAAAGAAUUUAAUCUAAUAAAUAUGAUCAAGAGUUAUGCUUUAUAUUUAUAUAUGGUGAACUUAAUUUUCUAAUCCCUUUUUUGA